AUGUUUACAGCGGCUGCCCGGAGCCGUUUCUCUUCUUCUACUCUUGCUCGUCCCCGUCUCUCUCCUACGAAUUCCCUCCUUGCUAGAUCUUCUGUUGCCUCAACAAUGGCUCCCAGACGCAAGGCUUCUUCUGUCCCUGAGGGAUACAAAGAAGACAUCUCAAAGGGCAAUAUGCUUCGUUUCGAAGACUCCCUACCCCGCCUCCCCGUCCCGUCACUAGAAGAGACCAGCCGUCGGUACCUCAAGUCGGUGCACGCGGUGGUAUCAGAGACCGAGUACCAAAGCACCAAGAAGGCCGUAGAGGAGUUCGUGCAGCCCGGCGGUGUCGGCCAGAAGCUGCAGGAGCGACUUCUUGCGCGCGCCGCGGAUCCCAAACACAAGAACUGGUUGACCGAGUGGUGGAACCACGCGGCCUACCUCGGCUACCGGGACCCUGUGAUCCCCUACGUUUCGUACUUCUACUCGUACCGUGAUGACCGGGCGCGUCGGGACCCCGUUAAGCGUGCUGCGGCGAUUGCGACUGCGGCGCUGGAGUUCAAGGGCCAGGUUGAUUCGGGGUCGGUUGAGCCGGAGUACCUGAGGAAGAUCCCGCAGGCGAUGAGCUCGUAUGAGUACAUGUUCAACUGCUGCCGGAUUCCGAACGAUGGGGCGGAUUACCCGCAGAAGUAUAAGGCGGAUGAGAACCAGCACAUUGUGGUUGUGCGCAAGAACCAGUUCUUUAAGGUGCCGCUUGUUGUCAACGGACGGAAGCUGAAUGUGUCGGAGCUGGAGAAGUUGUUCGAGCGCAUCUACCAGACUGCGCAGAAGGCUCCCCCUGUUGGUGUUUUGACUGUUGCGAACCGUGACCACUGGACUGCUGCUCGUAAGAAGAUCCUUGCUGCCCACCCUAACAACGCCCAGGCUUUGAAGGAUAUUGAGUCCAGUGGCUUCGUUAUCUGUCUGGAUGAUGCCAGCCCCGUGACUCUUGAGGAGCGCGCGGAGCAGUACUGGCACGGUGAUGGCUCGAACCGCUGGUUCGACAAGCCGCUGCAGUUCAUCGUCAACGAGAACGGUACUGCUGGUUUCAUGGGCGAGCACAGCAUGAUGGACGGCAGCCCGACGCACCGCCUGAACGACCACCUCAAUGCCCUCAUCUUCAACAACAAAAUCGACCUCUCAGCUAAACCUGUUCGCUCCGACCUUCCCGACCCCCGCCCCAUCAACUUCCACCUGAACGAAGAGUGCAACGAGGCCAUUGAUGUCGCCGCCAAGGAGCACCGCCAGCAGAUCGCAGCUCACGAGCUGCGUGUCCAGGCCUACCAGGGCUACGGCAAGGGUCUGAUCAAGAAGUUCAAGUGCAGCCCCGACGCAUACGUGCAGAUGCUCAUCCAGCUCGCCUACUUCAAGAUGUACGGCAAGAACCGCCCUACCUACGAGUCCGCAUCAACCCGUAAGUUCGCCGAGGGCCGCACAGAGACUAUCCGCACUGUCUCCGACGACAGUGUCGCCUUCUGCAAGGCCAUCUCCGAUGCCUCCGUCCCCCGCGAGGAAGCCGUCCGCCUCUUCCGCACCGCCCUCGCCGCCCACUCCAAGUACACCGCCGAAGCCAGCGACGGCAAGGGUGUCGACCGCCACCUCUUCGGUCUGAAGAAGCUCCUCCAGGAGGGCGAGUCUCUUCCCUCCAUCUACUCAGACCCUGCCUUUGCCUACAGUGGCUCGUGGUACCUGUCUACCUCCCAGCUGAGCUCGGAGUACUUCAACGGCUACGGAUGGUCAGAGGUCCUUGAUGAUGGUUUCGGAAUUGCGUACAUGAUCAAUGAGAACAGCCUCAACUUCAACAUCGUCUGCAAGCGCAUUGGCGCCGAGCGCAUGAGCCACUACCUCAACGAGGCUGCCGGCGACAUCCGCGACAUGCUGAUGCCCGAUCUUGCCGCCGAGCCCGAGAAGGCUAAGCUGUAG